GAGAUGCUUUGGGUGAGAAUAGAAUUUGGUGUAAAUGGUAAGAGAUACACAAAAAAAUGUCUUGCAUGCCUUCACGGUGAACAGAGAAUCAUAAAAUAGACAAUAAACAGCUAUUUUAUAUUUACACCUAAACCAGGCUAAAUGAGUGAAUGUUUUUGACUGAAACACUUUUGUCAGCACUGAUGAGUCAAUACAAACACUUUGGUUAAAAAAGCGCUGCAAAGUGUUUCAUCAAUCUGGAAAUGCACCUUAACCACUGUUUUCUUAAUCAUUUAAAUACCACUAAACUAUGUUUUUUGUAGUGUUUUUCCAAAGCAAGAAGCUGCCUGGGUUUCUCCAACAGGGAUGUCAUGUUUUCCGCUGUAGAUCUUACAGCAAUACGUAACCUCAGAACGAGACUCUUUCCAUAACACAUAUAAUGAAUACCAGUCUGACUGUGCAAAAACAAGUACGUUCACUGGACGUACAUUGAUGGUGUCAGCUGCAGUCCCUAUAAGUCAGUUUGACACAAAAACAUGGAAAAUUAGGGUCCAGGUUUAUUAUAGCCAAGACUAAAUUCUAAAUUCUUUAGGUGUUAUGUGAUGAUAAAAAGACAACCUGUGUUUUUUACCCUUAGUCGUACAAUGCAGAUACUAUUUAUUCUUUUCUUUCCAGCCUUAUUAUAGCUGAGACUAAACCCAUUGUUUUGGUGUGCAUUGUCACUGCAAUAUUCUGAAGAUAUGGAAGUACAAACAAAAAUCACAACCACAAAAAUGUCCCUGGUUUGAGUUCAGCGCGGAACCUUUUUUGUAUCUCUCUCUCUCCAUUAUUUCCUGUGGUUUUUCAAAUUGCAAAAAAAAGUAACCUAUAAUAAUAAAUUCACCAUUACAAAAUCUAACAUACAAGUAGUGAAUUUCGCUGUAAAAAGAAGUGAGUGAAGACUUUUCCAACUCCAUCACUGGGAGGUGCUGCAUUGUGGACAGCUCAUUUAUGUGUAUGUGUGUGUUUGACAGAGAGAGUGAGGUUUACAUUUACUUCACAAACACACAGUAUGGCUCUCUUGUGCAUGUGUGUCACUUUUCCCCCCCAGUCUGUACGCAGUGACCAGGCUGAGGGGGGACUCAGUGUGAACAGAGCCAUACUGCUGCUUACGCUCUUUGAAACACCACCACUUUCUGUCUGUGGCUCUACAACUUGUAGUGGGGUUGUUUUGCUUAUAGUAGUAGAAUUAUUUAGGUGUUAUGUGAUGAUAAAAAAAUAAGAUUCCAAUAACCCCGAUAUAGAAAAGAAAUGAAAGACAACCUGUGGAGUUUUUUUACCCUUAGUCGUGCAAUGUAGAUACCAUGUAUUCUUUUCUUUCCAGCCUUAUUAUAGCUGAGACUAAACCCAUUGUUUUGGUGUGCAAUGUCGCUGCAAUUUUCUGAAGAUAGGGAAGUAAAAAGAAAAAAAGGGAAACAUUGUUACAAAAGAUUGUUUUGCCAUCAUUCCACAUUUUACAACAACACCCUAUUUGGUAAACUCAGAGUUCCUGAAUUCGUCGGCAGUCUGUAGUCUAUUGGGGUCAGCGUGAAUGAAGUGAGAGGGCCUGAUCGGGAUGCGAACAGCUACUUGGCUGCCACUUGGUUUCUCCGGGGUAACCCUCCUCAACCCGGGCUCUAAAUGGCUGAAUGGUCCAUGAUGUGAAGUUCCAAGCUCAGACGGCAGAGGAGAAGGAGGCCUGGAUUAAAGCGCUGAUUGAUGGCAUCAAUCGAGCAAAGAACAAAAUCUUCGAUGAGGUGACAGUUGAUGAAAGUAUUAAUUUAGAGCAUGUUACUCGAACGAGGCCCAAAGGGAACCGGAACCGGCGGCCACCGACCAGGAUACACAUGAAAGAGGUAGCUGAUGUGUCAUCUGAUGGAAUUUUGCGUUUGGAUCUCGAUCUUGAGAAUGCCAUAAUGCCUAAUGGGACCCAUCAUGCCCCUAUUGAUGGCACUGAAACCCUGAAAGAGGCAAUCAAAGCCCCAACUCCUCCGUCCAAUGCCAGUGAAUCUGCAGAGAAACAGACUGCUGAGGAGGAGGCUCCGACUGAGCCACAGGUCAGUCCCCAGAGAAAAGUCUUCAAACCUCCCAUGCCCCCGACCAAAGAGUCAAAAUCUUGUUCAACACUUGAGGAUCAACCAGACAAGGAUGAUGACCCAGUGAAAAAGGUUAAAGAAGCCAAGCCGUGUGCUUCACAUGUUGAGGACACCACAGAAGAGGUCAAAGUUGAGAACGUUGAGAAGAGUCCCGAUGCCAGGAAAAAAACAGGUCCACCGCCAACCCCUCCCAACAAACCCAGCUCCAGCGACUCCUUAAGCAACCUUGCAGAGGCCUCACAGUCCAGGCCAAACUCCCACCCUCCAACCCCUCCAUCCAAAGAGAAGAAACCUUCCAAUCCUGCUGUGGAGUCAGACCAAGAGGCUCCAAGCACGGCUGACGAGAAUAUGGGGAAGGAAGAAGGCGGUAAGGAGGAGGCAGCAGAAACAACUGAGGAAACAGAUGAGGUAGACCAGUCGAUAUCGAAAGAAGCUCCACCUAGUGUCGGAGAGGAGAGUCCCGACGCAGAAGGACAGGUUUCUGAAGGGGAAUCAGAGGAGACUAUGGGUAGUGACGAAAGCAAAGCAUGCGACAAUGAGCCACAAAUACCCACAGAGACACUCGGGAGUAGCCCCAGCCCUCUUCUGCUCCACAAGAAAAAGCCUGAGAAACCCGCUAAGCCCGACACACAAGACACAGGCGAUAAUGCAACUAUAAUGCAGAUUUAUGAGGGACAGGACCCUACUGCGUUACUGCCAACAGGCUUGGAUACCUCAGCCAGUUCUCCUCGAGCAGAAGAGGCACUAGCCAAGAGCGAAGUCCGCUCGGUACUUGUCUAUUUGAACGACCCAGUCAGCGACAGCCUCAGCCUGAGUCCGCUGCUCUGUCACUUGCCCGGGGAGAAGAAAAAGAAGACGGAGGAGAAAUCUGUAGACAGCGGUCAGCACUCAGACGUGGACAGCGAGGGCUCUGGGAACGAAGACACACUGGCGGUGUCCACGGCUGCGUUGAGAGGAAGCCACCCCGGUCUAGAUGUGUUUGACACCAGCGAGGGCGACAUUCAGAUCCCCGUUAGUUCAAGGCCAACAAAGGCCCCACCCAAGCCUCAGGUCAGACCAAAGGUCUUCCCCUGUCGGCGCUCGGGGCCCACUCCGCCUCUCAAGCCCUCAACCAAGGCCAGAUCAGCCUCCAUUGGAGAUCUGCUGUCUGACUCUUCAGUCUGUGUUGAGGCGGGACAGCAUACCAGCGCUGUAGCCGGUGGUGACGUCGUCAUGAAACUCGAGACUGAAGUGGCGCUUGAGAUGGAGAAGACGAGGGAGCUCCUGAGCAAAGUGUCCCAGGCGCAGGGGGAAGGUGACAGGGAGGGCAAGACAGAGGAUCUGCUGGCCAAAGCCAUGGAGAAGCUGAAGAAGGCCGACUAUGUCCUAAAAGAAGUCAAAAAACUGAAAAUUGCAAACAACUUGAGCAACAGGAAGAGCUGGUGAAUGUCAGUCACAGCAGAUUGAAUUGACCAAUUCGCGUAACCCUUCUCCUGCACAGGGAUUGUCCAUUCUUAGCUUAGCAACCUUUAAUAGGCACAGCAAGCCUGUCGAGCUUUGGAUUUCUCCACAUAGCCUAAUGUAUGAUUUGCACAAGGCUGAAGUGAGAUUUGUUAUUGCCUUUCCAAAACUAAAAAAAUAGAUUCAACAGGGUGUUUGUCCACUCUAAUGUAAACUGCAACAUCCGAGACGUUCGUGGCUUAUGUAAGCACAUGCAACUUUUGUUUCACAGAAGGAAAAGCUGAGUGGAUUUUGAUAUAAAAAUAUAAGGAAAUUGAUUUUCUUGUAAUUGUUUUGCAUACAUAGUAAAAUAGGCGUUUUUCAAUUCAUCUCGACAUUAAAGUAAAAAAAUAGAAAGCCCUCAACGUAGAGGACAAACACUCCUGGGGGCGGGAGAGAUGCGGAGAUCUCACCAGGCAGAGCCUAAGUCAUAAGCAGCGUCAACGGUGUUUAUGUAAUUUCUCUCGAUACCAGACGGGGGAGACAAAAGUUCUGCACUUUAAACGGAGACAUCGAUCAACAUGUGGAGACGAGGACUUGUUCUUGCAGCACGCUAUUGACUGAAACCUGGGGAGCAUGACUCAUUUUUGAUCUGCACAUGCAACAGUUCGCUCAUAAUUAACUAAGUGCAAUUAUUUCUAGUUUAACUUUCUCUGCUUGACGCUCUACUGUGUACAUAUCAUUUGUUGCUUUUAAUGUGAAAUAUCUGACAUUUUCGAGAACAAGUACUUGAAAAUGAAUUAGAGAAUUAAUAAUAUGACAAAGUAGCACUGUCAAUACAUUGUGAACAUGCAAAAACAAAAAAAAGUACUAAAAAGUGUUAAUACGAAAUUACACAAUUGUUUUAAUAGUUUACUCUUCUUUGUGGAUUAAAUAGGCUUUUUCUCCUAUUUUCAGAUACCAUGUUUAUGCUGGCAGUUUAUUAGGGAUUCAUAUUGUACAUACAUAAUGCUUUAAUUACAGCAUGUGCUGUUCAUUGUUACAUGAGGAAAGAUGUACCAACCUAGCUCAGGAGUUUUCUGGAAUUAAUAUUUUCAGCCUAAUCAUGUGAUUAAAGCAAAAUUAAGUACUGGUAAUCCAAACUGAUUCCAGUUUUAUUAUUGAUAAUGUUUCCAUACUGAUAUUGCACAUAACACCAAACAAAGAGCUUGGAGCAGCCACUUUGGCUCUCACUAACCCGUUACAGUUUAUUUUCACAUUCAUUUGAAUCAUGAAUGAGCAUUCCCCCUAUUUGUGUCCAAUUAUUUGAUAAUAGAAAGAUGUGAUGGUAGUGUUUAAGACUAUUUCAAAUAUGUCAUGCCUUUCAGAGUAUGCAAGAAAAUGUUCUAACCUUAGCUAUUGUACUAUUUUGAUACAAUUUACUAUUGCCCAAAUAAAGAAAGGGAAACUAUCCAUUUA